AAGUAGACUAUUCCUUGUUUCAGCUAAUCUGUUGCGAAAGCUACUUUCGGCUCGUCUUGGUACUAGACUGCUUUGCAAAGCUGCCAUGACGACUGAUGCUCCCGCUACGAAACCUCAUGAUGCUGAAGCUCCUAUUUCCAAAAUCAAGCAAAAGCAUCUCAAGCCUAGUCCUGAAGAGAUUGCUCGCAUUCGUUCAGAAAGACAAGCGAAGCGACAACGCUUGGCAGUGGAGAGGAAAGAGCAACGCGUGCCCGAAGUGAAUGCACAUGGAUUUCCAACUGCGUUCAUCAAGCGAGUGCUGACACCUUUACCGGGCGUUGAGUGCUCAGCAAUUGCAAAGAGCCGCUUUACGCUCAUGACUUAUAAUAUCCUUGCACAGACACUUGUUCGACGCAAGCUCUUCCCAACCUCAGGUGAAGCACUCAAAUGGAAGAAUCGACAAGAUGUCCUCGUCAAUGAGCUGCGGCAUUACAGUCCCACGGUGAUGGCAUUGCAAGAAGUGGGUGAGGAUAUGCUCGAAUCAAGACUCGAGCAGUACUUGAAGGACCGCAACUACGGCUACGAGUUCCAUAAAGGUCGUGGAAAGCAGCAUGGCUUAGUGAUUGCCUUCAACAAGGAUCGGUUUGAGCUUGUUCACUCUGCUAGGAUCAAUUAUGACGAGAGCGAAGACAACCAGAAGGCUACGCAUCCGAGCAAUACCAACAAUGUUGGGCUAUGCUGUGUCCUUCGAGAGAAGGGCUCUGGCAAACUUUUGACUCUUGCCACAACUCAUUUGUGGUGGCAUCCUCAAGGUACCUGUGAGCGUGCUCGUCAGAUUGCAUUGCUACGUGCCUUUGUAUUCCAAGUGGACGCUGAGCACGGCCAAGGGCAUGUCAUUCUCGCAGGAGACUUCAACACGGAACCCAUUGAUCCAUCGUACAAGAGCCUGACUGAACGGCCCUUCCACUUGGAUGAACAAGGACGGACAAUCCUGGAGACGAGUAGUUCUUACAAGGCUCUCAAGGAUACCGAAGGCCUCGAUGAUGAAGCAGACGAGGUCAUGGAGGAGACAGUCACAGAUGCUUUAGAGAGCGGCACAAAUGAUGUGCCCAGCUGGCAGCCCGUACUCAAUGAAUUGGCACAGGGUCCCCGGCUCUUUUCAAUGUACGGCCAGCAUUAUCACAAAAUCGAUGCAGACAAUGUUCAGUUGCCGUCACGAGAGCCGGUGUGUACCAAUUAUGCCAACGUCUAUCGAGGUGCUCUGGACUACAUAUUGACGCGCUCGCCAGGAGGCAUCGCAGACUCAAUGCCGAUAACGCAGCUGUUGAUGAUGCCCGACAUAAAGUUGCUUGACCGCGGCCAGCCACAGGUCAAUGAAUUUCCAAGCGACCACUUCUGCUUGAUGGCAGAGUUUAGCGUAGAUUAGAUGAAGUAAAAAGAAUGCUCUUUUGGUCAUUAAACUCGUCAAGCUUCCAGUGACUUGAGAAGCGCUUUAUUCAUGCGUGUGGCGUCCUGAUGUUAGCGCAACUUGCUUGAUGGGCAGC